AUGUCUAUUAAUCUGACGAUAGAUAUAUAUAUUUACCUCCUUAGUAAUGUAAGAAGUCUUUGUGGAAAGCAGAGAAGUAAGCAGCUGCAUUUUUUUUGCUCACCUAAAUACUACUGGAAGGUAAGCCACAUCAGUCUACAAAGAGGUUUUCAUACAAGCAAACUAAGAUGUAAGUGGACCAAAAGUGAGGUGCAUUCAGGCAGUAAGCGCUGCUCCUGUCCCAGCAACCAUGGUUUGCGUAUUGGAAUUUUGAAACUUAGCACUUCUGCUCCUAAGGGACUUACGAAAGUGAGCAUUCAUAUGUCCCGGAUUAAAAACACUCUACACUCUGUUUCAAAGGCUCUUUUUGGCAAUCAGAAUGAAAUGAUUUCACGUUUAGCUCAACUUAAGCCAAGUUCUGGAAUAUUAAGAAAAGUGUCAGAUAGUGGCUGGUUAAAACAGAGAAACAUAAAACAAGCCUUCAAAACGCUGAAGAAACGUAGUGAUAUUUCAGCCUCAAAAAGUACUUUUCCAGAAGAAAAAAGUCACAUUGAAGAUAAAGACGAAGAUACCGGUAAACAAAGUCUUUUUGGGUACACAAGUAGUAUAACCACAAAAUUUGAGGAGUCAUUCUCCUUUUUAUCAAACCAUAUUAAUUCAUAUUUCCUACGAAAGGAAAAAAUGGCUCAACAAAAGGAAAAUAAACAUCUCCAGGAUAAAUCAGAAUUUGAGGGUAAAACAGUUCAAGAAGAUGCGACAUCUCCCAGUCCUGGCAUCCUGAAUGGUGACAAGCCAUGCUCAGAAUCCCCUUUAGAUGCUGCAAGCCCUAGUGAGGCUUCGGGAGUUGUUCCAGUUUCUGCUAAACAAAGUAUUGCUAACUUUCUUUCUCGACCAACUGGAGGUGUACAAGCUUUAGUCGGGGGUUACAUUGGUGUCCUUGUACCCAAAUUAAAGCCUGAAACAAAACAUAUGUCAGAAGAAAAAGAGGCUGUAAAAGCUGAACUGGCAAACAGAAAAGACAAAGCUACAGAAGAGAAAAAGCGUUUAUCUCUUCAGCGAGAAAAGAUUAUUGCAAGAGUAAGUAUUGAUAACAGAACCCGGGCAUUAGUUCAAGCAUUAAGGCGAACAACGGAUCCAAAGCUCUGCAUUAAUAGGGUUGAAGAGCUGACUUUUCACCUUCUAGAAUAUCCUGAAGGAAAAGGAGUGGCUGUCAAGGAAAAAAUUAUUCCAUAUUUAUUACGAAUUCGACAAAUUAAGGAUGAAACUCUUCAGGCUGCAGUUAGAGAAAUUUUGGCUUUAAUGGGCUACGUGGAUCCUGUCAAAGGGAAAGGAAUCCGAAUUCUUGCAAUUGAUGGUGGAGGAACAAGAGGUGUGAUUACUAUUCAGACACUGCGAAAAUUAGUUGAACUUACUCAGAAGCCAAUUCACCAGCUCUUUGAUUAUAUUUGUGGUGUAAGCACAGGUGCUGUGUUAGCUUUCAUGUUGGGAUUGUUUCAUAUGUCCCUGGAUGAAUGUGAAGAGCUUUAUCGAAAAUUAGGAUCAGACGUGUUUUCCCAAAAUGUUAUUGUUGGGACAGUCAAAAUGAGUUGGAGCCAUGCAUUUUAUGACAGCCAAAUAUGGGAAAAGAUUCUUAAGGAUAGGAUGGGAUCCUCACUUAUGAUUGAAACAGCAAGAAACCCCACAUGUCCCAAGGUAGCUGCUGUAAGCACUGUCGUAAACAAAGGAAUAACGCCGAAAGCAUUUGUGUUCAGGAACUAUGGUCAUUUUCCUGGAAUCAACUCUCACUAUUUGGGAGGCUGUCAGUAUAAACUGUGGCAGGCCAUUAGAGCGUCUUCUGCUGCCCCUGGCUACUUUGCAGAGUAUGCACUGGGAAAUGAUCUUCAUCAUGAUGGAGGUUUGCUUAUGAAUAACCCUUCAGCCUUAGCAAUCCAUGAGUGUAAAUGUCUUUGGCCAGAUGUCCCAUUAGAGUGCAUUGUAUCCCUGGGUACUGGACGUUAUGAGAGUGAUGCGAAAAACACCAUGAUGCACACAAGCUUGAAAACCAAACUAUCUCAUGUUAUCAACAGCGCUACAGAUACUGAAGAAGUCCACAUAAUGCUUGAUGGUCUAUUACCUCCUGACACCUACUUUAGAUUCAAUCCUGUCAUGUGUGAAAACAUACCUCUAGAUGAAAGUCGCAACGAAAAGUUGGAUCAGCUGCAGGUGGAAGGAUUGAAGUACAUAGAAAGAAAUGAAGAGAAAAUGAAAAAAGCUGCAAAAAUAUUAAGUCGAGAAAAAACAACUCUACAGAAAAUUAAUGACUGGGUAAAACUAAAAUCUGACAUGUAUGAAGGUCUUCCAUUCUUUUCAAAAUUGUGA